UCUUGAUCGACAAAAAUGGCAGAGACUAACGGCUCUCUGCAACAAAACAACCCCACUCUUCAUUCUCUUGUUCAUUCACUUGACCCCAUGUCGCUUCUUCUCUCUCAAAACUCUGAUCCUCAAAUCCCACCGGUUUCUCUGAAACUUAUUACCGAGAGUUAUUUCAUGGAGAGAGGACCCAGAUACGAAGAAUACGCGGAACUGAGAGAGUUGAAGUUGAGAAGAAAGAGACAACAAGAAGAAAGUUAUGAAGUUUGUGAGCCAAAGCCAUCGCCUUUAAAGAAACAAGUGAGGUUUCAAACGAAUUUGACUGGUUCAAGAAAAGGGUCCUCUGUUUCGAAUGUUUUGGCUCAGUCAGUGCCUGAUUUUUCUGCGACUUUACGGAAGGAGAAUCGGAAGCCGGUGACGGGGACACUUGAGUUUACUCCUCCGUCAAAGAAUUGGUCAAGAAUGAAUGGGAAUUUGUCGAAUUCACGAGGGAGUAAGUCGGCAAAUGCAGGGGAGAAGAAAGGAGUGAUGGCGAGGAAGAGUUAUGCGAGUAUGGAAGAACUGAAGGGGUUGUCAAUGGGGGUUUCGAAGGAUAUUUGUGGUGAAAAUAGAGGGAGAAAUGGUAGAGCCAGGACUGUUCUGGGUGCUAGUAGACAGUUUUCAAUGUUUGGCUAAGUUGCUCUGUUUGCUCAUCAUCUUCUACAGUUUUCUUCUUCUUUUUUUUUUUUUU